AUGGCAAUGAAUUUCGUCACCUUCAACCAGGACUACAGCUACUUAGCUGUUGGUACCACGAAAGGUUUCCGCAUAUUUACCACGGAUCCCUUCGCCAAGAGCUAUGAGACAAAGGAAGGAAAUAUCGCUAUUCUUGAAAUGCUCUUUUCAACCUCCCUUGUUGCCCUGAUCCUUUCUCCUCGGCGGCUACAAAUCACAAACACAAAGCGACAAUCCACAAUAUGCGAAUUAACCUUUCCAACUACCGUCCUUGCCGUGCGUCUGAACCGCAAGCGCCUAGUUAUUGUCCUAGAGGACCAGAUUUACCUAUACGAUAUCCAAACUAUGAAGCUUCUGUACACGAUUGAGACGUCACCAAAUCCAAACGCCAUCUGCGCGCUCUCCCCUUCAUCCGAAAACUGCUAUCUCACCUAUCCUCUUCCGCAAAAGGCUCCUCCCUCAUCUUUUACACCACCUUCGCAUGCGCCACCUAGUAAUACCCACAUCUCUCCCACCAGCGGUGAGGUGCUUAUUUUUGACACGCUGAAACUCGAAGCAAUUAACGUUGUUGAGGCCCAUAAAUCUCCGUUGUCUUGCCUGGCAAUGAAUACAGAAGGCACUUUGUUGGCUACAGCUUCGGACAAAGGAACGAUCAUCCGUGUGUUUUCUGUCCCCGAAGGGCAGAAGCUCUAUCAGUUCCGAAGAGGCUCCAUGCCAUCUCGAAUUUUUAGCAUGUCAUUCAAUAUAACAUCCACACUGCUUUGCGUCUCUUCCGCAACUGAAACUAUCCAUGUUUUCAAACUGAGACACCAGGGUUCUGCAGAAGAUAAUCCAACUUGCCCUACGGGAACCGGCCCCCGGAGUCCCACUAGCUUCAACAGGGAAAGGGCGCUUAGCCAAAGUUACGCUUAUUCAGGUGGAGAGGAUUCACAUGCAGAGGCUGAUAGUGGCGACGUUAGUCCGCGAAAGCAUAACGGCACAUUGAUGGGUAUGAUCCGCCGAACAUCGCAAAAUGUCGGAAAUUCCUUCGCGGCUACCGUUGGUGGUUAUUUGCCCAAGGGUGUGGCGGAGAUGUGGGAACCGGCACGGGAUUUUGCGUGGAUUAAGCUUCCGAAAACUGCAGGGCAUACUGGUCCGGGAUCGAAUGCUGGACCUGUCCGGAGCGUAGUUGCGAUGAGCAGCAACACACCGCAGGUCAUGGUAGUCACGAGUGAUGGUAAUUUUUAUGUGUUUAAUGUUGAUUUAUCGAAAGGUGGGGAGGGGACAUUGACAAAACAGUAUUCGGUACUCGACUCUAGCGACAAAUUUGGCUCCUCUGGAAUGGAUUAUUUUUAG